AUGUGACCCGGUCCGAUAUGGUGUCGCCUCCUCUCGAGGAGGCGGCGGCGUCUUCGGCUCCGCUGCGCGUCGGGCCGGCCCUGCGGCCGCUCAUGGGCAGCCAGGGCCGCUCGGGUUCCCCCGGGAACCGCGGGCCCAGGGAAGGCGAGGGCGGGGAGGCGAGGAAGCUGCAGGAGGCGAGGGUCGCGCGGGGGAAGCGAGGGAAGGGGAGAGCGGGCACCGGGCGCGGCGGAAGAGGAAGCGGGGCGGAAGGGAAGCCGGGCCUGCGGCCGGCGAGGACGACAGCGGGGCCGGCGGCCGAGGCGGGCCCGGGGCGGCCGGGAGAGGAGGGCGGAGGCGUGGAGGAAGGGCCGAGAAGCUCCGGGAAGCGGGAUGAGGAGAGCGCAGGGCCCGGGGCCGGGCGGCGGGAGGACGGCAGCCUGGACAGAGCUCAGGGGCGUGGGUGUCAGGCGUGGGGCGGCCUCCCGGGGACCCGGACGGCCAUGGCGGCGGCCGCCGGGGAGGAGGAGCCGGCGGCGGCGGCGGAGCCCGCUACCCGCCCGGCCGCGGGGCCCGCGCUCUGGCGCCUGCCCGAGGAGCUGCUGCUGCUCAUCUGCUCCUACCUCGACAUGCGGGCCCUCGGCCGCCUGGCCCAGGUGUGCCGCUGGCUGCGGCGCUUCACCAGCUGCGACCUGCUCUGGCGCCGGAUAGCCCGGGCCUCGCUCAACUCCGGCUUCACGCGGCUCGGCACCGACCUGAUGACCAGCAUUCCAGUAAAGGACCGAGUGAAGGUUUCUCAGAACUGGAGACUGGGGCGCUGCCGGGAGGGGAUUCUGCUGAAGUGGAGAUGUAGUCAGAUGCCCUGGAUGCAGCUGGAGGAUGCUUCUCUGUACAUAUCUCAGGCUAAUUUCAUCCUGGCCUACCAGUUCCGCCCAGAUGGUGCCAGCCUGAACCGUCGACCCUUCAGAGUUUUUGCUGGGCAUGAUGAGGACGUUUGCCACUUUGUGCUGGCAAAUUCACAUAUCAUCAGUGCAGGAGGAGAUGGGAAGAUUGGCGUUCACAGGCUCCACAGCACCUUCACUGUUAAGUACUCGGCUCAUGAGCAGGAGGUGAACUGUGUGGACUGCAAAGGGGGCAUCAUUGUGAGCGGCUCCAGGGACAGGACAGCCAAGGUGUGGCCUUUGGCCUCGGGCCAGCUGGGGCAGUGCUUACACACCAUCCAGACUGAAGACCGAGUCUGGUCCAUUGCCAUCAGCCCGCUACUCAGCUCUUUUGUGACAGGAACAGCUUGUUGUGGGCACUUCUCACCUCUGAGAAUCUGGGACCUCAACAGUGGGCAGCUGAUCACACAUCUGGGCAGUGAUUUUCCCCCAGGGGCUGGGGUGCUGGAUGUCAUGUAUGAGUCCCCCUCUACACUGCUGUCCUGUGGUUAUGACACCUAUGUUCGCUACUGGGACCUCCGCACAAGUACCCGAAAGUGUGUCAUGGAGUGGGAGGAGCCCCACGACAGCACCUUAUACUGCCUGCAGACAGACGGCAACCACUUGCUGGCCACAGGUUCUUCGUACUAUGGUGUUGUGCGUUUGUGGGACAGGCGCCACAGGGCUUGCCUGCAUGCCUUCCCGCUGACAUCGACUCCCCUCAGCAGUCCUGUGUACUGCCUGCGAUUCACAACCAGGCAUCUCUACGCUGCGCUGUCUUACAAUCUCCACAUCCUAGACUUUCAAAACCCAUGACAAACGACGCCUGCCUUUGAGCUGGGCAAGUAAGCUACUCAGGGACCUCUCUUGCCUGGCAGGUGAAGUGAUGGAUACCUCACCUGUCUUCCCAGCCCUGCUGAGCUCCUAGACCUGUGACCACGAUGCCUCAGCACCCGAGGCACCUCCUGCACACUGGGGCUGACGGAUGCAGGCCCUGCCAGGACCUGUGGUCUUAGGAGGAUGGACCUGAACUCAGAUGUUUACAAUAGGGCCAGCAACCCUGUCCCCAAGCCCUUCACAGCACUACAGCAGCCUACACAGAGUGAGCUGAGGGACUGCCACCACCCCAGCUACAAAAGGGUGCAGUUGUUGGAACGUCUGCUGCCACCUCCUGUCAGGUGACAACUUCUCGGAGUUGGGGUCUCCCUUCUGAGGCACUAGCCUGCUUUUGCUUUGAAACUAAGAAGGACGACAAAGGACAGCUGUCAGUUUGGGGUUCUGGGCUAACCGUUCCUCAGGCCAGCUUGGGAAAUGUGCUGUGAUUUUCAUUUUUGUAAAAAUAAAAUUUGGUUGUUCACAAA